AUGGAGGAGAGCUUCCCUUUUCAUUACUCUUUAUUGGAAUACCUGUUUACUUUGGUAGGAUUGUUACUGUUCCUGUUGGAUAUAGCGCUGGACAUUUGGACUGUUGUGUCAUUCUAUCAGGAUGGGGCCUAUGUGUAUAUGGCAGUGAUGAUCUUCCUGCUGCUGGGCUCUUCAGUGUUGUUACAGGUGUUCAGCUGGCUCUGGUACUCUGAUUCUCUGGAGAAGAUUGAGACUAAGGUGGAGAAAUUUGCAUACCGGCGUUUGUUGAUCAAACCAUUCCACUUCCUGCAGCUCGGCAUCUACCUCAGGUAUGCUGGAGUGAUAGAGAUUUCCACAACACAUUUUCUUCAGUACACUAAUAGUUUCACAGAGGGUGUGGCUGUGUACCUGAACCAUGAUCUUCAGAUGCUUCGUCUAUUUGAGACAUUUUCUGAAAGUGCCCCACAACUCACACUCAUGAUGUCUAUAAUCCUACAGAGAGAAGAGCUGGAGCUUAUUACAGGUUUAAAAAUCCUCACAUCAGCUGCUGCAAUUUCCAGUAGCGUUGCUAUGUACCACCGCUGCAUGCGUGCCUUUCUUCCUAAAAAACGCAAGAUGAGUUGGAUCUCCACUGGUGUCUUCUUCCUGUGGAACUUGUUGCUGAUCAUUCCCCGUGUAACUGCUCUGGCACUCUUCUGCAGUGUAUUGCCAUGCUACAUCAUAGCUCACUUCCUGUCGCUGUGGAUGCUGCUGGUUUUGGUGGCCUGGAGCCAGAAAACAAAUUACAUGGAACAUUCUGGUUGGGAAUGGCUCUACAGAGCUGCCAUUGGACUCAUUUGGUACUUCUGCUGGUUUAACGUAUCAACAGGAAGCAUAAAAUUGAAGUCGAUUCUCUAUUAUAGUUUCAUGGCUUUGGACACAAUGAUGCUGCUGGGCUUCUGGUGCUGGAAGGUGUUUGAGUAUGCAGACUGCUGGAGCUCCUUAAAUCCUCACAUAGUGAUCCCGACACUACUAGGUUUGUACGUCAUUGGAAUACUAGUGAAAACUAUAUACUACAGAUGGUUUCAUCCCAACUGUGAUGAAAAGAAAAUCGCUGAACCCAUUGAAGAAGGGCAGUUCAGACAAGCGGCAGCAUGUUAUGACAUGACAGACUCGGGACAGACUUCACUUCACACUACAGCUGCAGCUCCUGCUCAACCUCUCACUGGAAUUCUCAAUAGACAUAGGAAAAUGGCUGCUAAUUUCUACUCUUAGUUCUUGGUUCUUCUUUCAAAAGACCCCC